GUCUUAUGGUAGAAAGUAGUGGAAUGGGUUGUUUUCUUUUCAGUAUUUUCUGUUUGUUUACUGGGAAAGUGGAGUAAACAUAGGCGGAGAAGUUUCCCUGUUCAUUUUGAAGUUGAAUUGAUCAAUGGAAUUACACUGAUUCCCGGUUUUCUUGCUUUGUUUUUCUGGAAAAACUUGAAUUGUAAGUGAUCUCGCUCGCUGGCUCGCUCCCUCUUUUUUCGCAGUGAACUUGCUUUGCCUUUUCCUUUACCAUUCCUUGGCAGGUUCAGAUAAAGGUUCAGUGAGAUCUGAGUUUUUGGCAUGUUAGUUCCUUAGAUCCCAGGAAAGCCGAUCAAGUUCAUGAGAUUGUGUUGGAAUUACAAAGGAUCAUUAACACAUGAAGAAACUGUUCUUUUUUAAAUCUUCUGCGUCUAGCAGUGGGAACAAUAGUGCAGUUCCCCCAAGACCCACAAAUAAGCAAAUAUGCUGGGAGAACUCGUCAGAAAGUGGAUUAUAUGGUCAGGCUCUUGGCAGAGCCGAGGAUAGCUUCCAGAGUCCAACGGGAUUGUUCUCUAAAUCCCAUAAGCAUGCAGAUAGCCAGGGUUCAGGUAGUGGGCCAAGACUUAGAAGGAGCAGGUCUUUGUCAACAGCAGCCUACCAAGUGAAAGAUCAUAGUAGGUCUCCUAGUUUCAUUUCAGGUGAUCAAUAUCAUCAGCCUGGCUCAGCUUGCUCUUCAAGGUCUCAUAAUGAUUCAUCUGGGAACUCCUCCACUUCUUCUAGCAACAUUUCAAGUAAGAUUGUUGACCGUUAUAUUGAUGGAGAGCAGCAGCCAGAAAAAACCAGGUCAAGGAAAAAUUUACAGAAAAUUUAUGGUGAAAAUGGAAAUCAUAGUAUGAAGCUCCCUCCAAAAAUUCAGUACACAGCGCCUAAUUCACCAACUGAUGGUGGUGCUAGAUAUAAACCAAGAGCUCAUUCAUUUAGAGAAGCUAAAGGCGCUGAUAUUCACUUUUCAUCCAAAGACUGGAAAGAAAAUGGGUUUGGCCAUGAAUCUCCUCGGAGCCUCGCAAAAAAUGUCAUUGAGAGACUUUCUCAGUUUCAUUCUUUCUCUAAAAUCACUUCAAAAGAGGUUGGUCUUGAUAAUCCAAUUACAGUUGAAGAUGUAUUUGCUAGAUCUGUAAAUGAAGGCUGUGAGUCAGAUCCAGAUGAGGCUCUUCCAAAAGGUUAUUCUUUUGGUAAACCUCACAGAAUGGCAGGUGGUUAUCAUAGCAUUGACGAUCAAAGAUUCCAGAAACAUGAUGUCUCUGCAGCAGCCAACUGUGACGGCUUAAGCUAUGUUGUCCUUGAAGAGGAUGUUGAUGCAGAGCUACAAAGACGAUUAAAGGAAGUCAAAGAGAGAGUUACUCUUUUUUCGAAGGAAUUUGAAAGAGAAUGCUUUCUUCUUGACAGUGGUUUUGAUGUGUCUGUGUUGGUUCAGACAAUCAGAAACCUAGAAGAGGAGAGGUUAAGUUUGGCAAUGGAAGUUUCAGGCCUUCUUCAGUCUCGCAUUGCUGAAAGGACAUCUGCUAAGGAAGAACUUAGAUCCUUAAAGGAAGAAUCGGGGUUACAGGCUCGACGGCUAGAAAAGGAAAAGAAUGAGAUACAGUCAGGAUUGGAGAAGGAAUUGGACAGAAGGUCAAGCGACUGGUCACUUAAGCUCGAGAAGUGUCAGCUGGAAGAGCAAAGGCUUCGUGAACGUGUUAGAGAGCUUGCUGAGCAUAAUGUAUCGCUACAAAGGGAAGUCUCAUCCUUUAGUGACAGGGAAACAGAAACCAAAAAACUAAUAAUUUGUUCUGACCAUCAACUCAAGGAAAUGACUGAAAAGAUGGAAGAAAUGAAAGAGCAAAAUUUGUAUUUUCAACAAAAUGUCUUAGAAUUACAACAGAAGUGUAAGAUAGUAGAAGAGAAAAGGGACAUUUACCGAAGAAAUUAUGAAGAGAAGGAGAAGGAAUGUAAAGAGUUACACAAAUCCAUCACAAGAUUACUAAGAAUAUGCAGUGACCAAGAGAAGACAAUCACGGGGUUGCGAGAUGCAUUUAGUGAGGACUUGAAGAAUCCUUCUAUGGAGAGGGUGGAGAAGCAUGUUGCAAGAAUGCAAAUGGAGCAAAUGAGGUUAUCGGGUGUAGAAAUGGCCUUGAGAAGGGAGUCAGAGUCUUAUAGGAUUGAAGCAGAUUCUCUUCGCCAAGAAAAUAUAACUCUACUAAACCGCUUAAAAGGGGAUGGGAAAGGAAUUGUUGCUGCUACUUAUAAGCUAGAUAAAGAGCUGUUGGCCCGUAUUUAUUGUCUGCAAAAUCAAGGCCUGACAAUGCUAAAUGAAAGCUCCGACCUAUGCUCAAAGUUGUUUGAAUUUAUCAAAGGGACGGGAGGUCAGCUUCUUCAAGAUUCACGGCAGGAAAUGGAAGUGAAAAGAAAUGGUCUAGAUGGGCAAUUUAUUGUUGAAUCUGAAAGUAGAAUUCAGAGUCUUAAAAGUGGAAUUGAAAGCUUAACUAGGAGUUUGCAGAUGAUGUCGGGUUUGGUUGCUGAAAAGUCAAGUUCAUUGACAACUAAAUUUCAGUCACAGUUUAUUGAUCCUGAUAAACUAGCUAAAUUGAAUGAUCAAUCAUCUGAGGAUAUGAUAAAAACUGAACUUAAAGCAGAAUGCUUGCUUACAAGUCUGUUAAGAGAGAAGCUAUACUCGAAAGAGCUCCAAGUUGAGCAGCUGCAAGCUGAACUUGCUACAGCAGUAAGAGGAAAUGACAUACUUAAAUCUGAGGUACAAAAUGCACUAGCCAACCAUUCAUGUGUCAACCAUAAGUUGAAGGACCUUGAACUUCAGAUGUUGAAGAAAGAUGAGAACAUAAGCCACCUCCACAGUGAUCUGAAGGAAUCUAUGAAAGAAUUAGCAAUCGUUAAGGGAAUAUUGCCCCAAGUAAGCGAGGAGAGAGAUCGCAUGUGGGAACAAGUGAAGCAAUAUGCCGAGCAGAAUAUGCUAUUGGACAAAGAGAUCAAUGGCUUGAGGAAGAAGAUAGAGGUCCUUGAUGAAGAUAUACUUGUAAAGGAAGGUCAAAUAACAAUAUUAAAAGACUCCCUUGGUAAAAAGCCCUUUGACCUCCUUGGGAGUCCUGAUCCUAUGCAUGAAUUUUUGCUUAACUGAUUGCUAUAAGCGCAUAUUUCUUUUUCAUAGGCCAACUCAUUAUACGUUGUUCAUAGUUCUAUACAUCAAUGAAGUUUUGAAGGUUCUUUUCUUGAGUUUAUAGAUGAAUUUGUGCUUGCAUUAUUUUGUACAAGCUUUGUUCUUUUUUUAAGGUCAUGUUAUAAUAUCUUCUACUUUUUCCUAUUUGAUUGACUCUUGUUAUCAUCAGUCAGUGUAUCAUAAUAUGAUAUAAACUUCGAAUUAUUUAAAACUUAUAAAUAGUGUGGCAUUGUGGCUCAUUUUAAUACCCA